ACAGAUAAAAAUAAUUAAAGUCAUUAACGAAUUAUUUGAGAAUAUUUUACGACGUUGUUGGCGCUAAAAAAUAAAAUAAAUGCGGGUAAGUGUAUGUGCAUUGGUAGGCGAUUCGAAGGGUACACGCUAUACUGGAUGCUGGGAUGUAUUCUAUGGAGACUCAUUUGCAGAUAAAUUCGGAGGCAAUUACUAAAGCAGCAAAUAAACAUAAACAACAAAAACUUAUUUUACAUAUCAUUUAUAUGCAAAUAAGACAAUAUUAACGACAGUGGUUUGAAAAUAACUCAGUUUUAUUUAGUAAGCUUAAUAAUAUAAUUUUAAUAAAAACAUUUCAAUAAAGUAUGUGGACUCCACCGGAUAUAAGUGAAGUGUGUGCGUCCACGCAUGGUAAUUUAACACAAUGUACAUCUAUUGGUCUAACAUAUCUAACACUGUUGGCACAAUUAUUUGGAAGGUCUGUUGAUGAUACAAAAUCAAGAGGUGAUAAUCCAUUCAUCUAUCCAACUUUAAAUGAUGGUUUUGAACAACGGACUUAUGAAGAAAGUAUACAUAUUAAAAGAAACGAAUAUGAUUAUAUCAUAGUGGGCGCCGGCUCAGCUGGAUGUGUCCUCGCUAAUAGAUUAUCAGAAAUAAAGCAGUGGAGGAUACUACUUCUAGAAGCUGGUGAAGAGGAACCUGAAGUCACUAGUAUACCUAGUGUGGCACCAUCAUUAUCAGAGUCAAAUAUAGAUUGGAAAUAUAAAAGUCAGCCUGAUGGAAGGACCUGUUUAUUGGGAAAAGGACAAGUUUGCCCUUGGUUUAGGGGUAAAACGAUGGGAGGAUCGAGCGCAAUCAAUUACAUGGUGUAUAUGAGAGGUAGUAGUCAUGACUAUGAUGAGUGGGCUGCCGAAGGUAACGAUGGGUGGAGUUAUGAGGAGGUCUUGCCGUAUUUUGAUAAAUCAAUAAACUUACGCGAUUCUGAGUCACUAGAAAAUAAUAAUUAUUAUGGAAUAGGGGGUGAAUUGAAUGUUGAACGAUUCUCCUACCUUGAUGCACCUUCGAAAUUAUUAGUCAAUGGAUUUCUUGAUAAGGGUUUGCCGAUGGUCGACUUAGGUCUUGAAAGUAAAGUUGGAGUCAAUAUUAACUUGUCAACUUCUAAAGAUGGAAAAAGACAAUCAACGAAUCAGGCUUUUGUAAAGCCAAUACGAGAUAAAAGACCAAAUUUGCACAUAAUCACAAAUGCUUUUGCUACAAAAAUAUUAAUUCAUCCGGCGAAUAAAGAAGCUUACGCCAUACAAUAUUUUAAGGAUGGAAAAAACUAUAAAGUCUUUGCAAAUAAAGAAGUGAUCGUUAGUUCAGGAGCAAUCAAUUCGCCAAAAUUACUUAAAUGUUCCGGUGUAGGUCCACGAGAUGAGUUGAAAAGUCUAGGUAUUCCUAUAAUCGCAGAUUUGAAAGUUGGUUAUAACCUUCAGGACCAUGUUACAACAAAUGCUUUGAUAUUAAAGUUUUCUAAUCAAUAUUCAACUGCAGUAAGCGAUAGUGAACUUCUUAAUGAGGUCAUAAAAUAUCGCAAUCAACCCGAGAAAAAGUCUGGACCCCUAGCUUCAACGACAACUAUAAAUAGCAUAGCUUUUAUAAAUACGAAAGGAUCUAAAGACGCUCCUCCAAACAUACAAUUUCAAUUUGAUGGUAGACGUGCUGCUGAAUAUAUGUCUGAUCAAACAAAUUAUAUGGCAACUAAUAUUCUUCCAUUAUCAUUUUAUGAUAGUGUUGGUGCAAGACCUUUAUUACUAAAACCAAGAAGUAGAGGUAACGUUAUGCUUAACAAAACUGACCCUAUAUUUGGACCUCCUUUAAUAUAUACUGGUUUCUUUCAAGUCCAGGAAGAUGUUAAUGAUUUAGUGGAUGCUAUGAGGUUUGUUGUUAGUUUAGAUGAGACAGAAGCUUUUAAAAAGAGCGGGACGAGUUUUGAUAAAACGCCUGUGAAAGGAUGCGAUCAUAAUGAGUGGGGAACUGAUGAUUACUUUAAGUGUUUAUUAAUUAAUUAUACUGACACUAUUUACCAUCCGGCUGGAACAUGUAAAAUGGGACCAGAAUGGGAAGAAGAUGCCGUGGUUGAUCCAAGAUUUAAAGUGUACGGAAUACGAAGAUUGCGAGUUGUUGACGCUUCCACUAUGAGAACCAUAGUUCGAGGUAAUUUGAACGCACCUACUAUAAUGAUGGCCGAAAAAGCAAGUGAUAUGAUAAAAGAAGACCAUAUAAUUAAUUAUUAAUCUUUGCCAAAAAAAAUAUUAGUAUAUAUAAGAAUUAAUGUGUACAAUUAUUAGAAAAAUAAAAGUUUUAUUACUACGUGAAAACUUUUCGGGAGAUAUUUUAGUAUAUUAUAGCUUUAGCCUUUAGAUUUAGACUUCUAUGUACAUGUUUUUUGUUUAAUUUCACCAGGAGUGAAUGAAUAAUUAAUAA